UCCUGCCUCCUCUGCCUAUGGAUGCUGCUGGCAGCAAGGACACAGCUCCUCUCCCAACACCCAGCUUUCUGGAAAUAAAAAUCCCCAAGCAACCCAACACGUUUUCAGCCAGGAGCGCAAACCAUGCCUGAACGUCCGAGGCCUGGACGCCCACCCCGAUUCUCACUCACGACCAAGAUGUCCAACAACACAACAGAGGCCUCCAGCAGCGCUCGCCCAGCCCUCCUAGGCCUGUUCCUGGGGAGCAUCUCCCUGGUCACCGUAGUCAUGAACAUCCUGGUGCUGUGUGCCGUGAGGAUGGAGAAGAAGCUGCAGUCCGUGGGUAAUUUGUACAUCGUGAGCCUCUCCGUGGCCGACCUGAUCGUGGGGGCGGCCGUGAUGCCCCUCAACAUCGUGGACCUGCUGAGCCCCCGCUGGCCCCUGGGGCUGGCAGCCUGCUUGUUCUGGCUCUCCAUGGAUUACGUGGCCAGCACGGCCUCCAUCUUCAACCUCUUCAUCCUGUGUGUGGACCGGUACCGCUCGGUGCGGGAGCCGCUCGGGUACCUCAGGUACCGCACCAAGAUGAGAGCCUCGCUGCUCAUCCUGGGCGCCUGGCUGCUCUCCUUCACCUGGCUCAUCCCCAUCCUGGGCUGGCACGUGUUUGCCAACAACGGGCACAGGACGGUGGAGGAGAGCGAGUGUGAGACGGAGUUCUUCGAAGUCACCUGGUUCAAAGUGCUGGCGGCCAUUCUCAACUUCUACCUGCCCUCGCUGCUGAUGCUGUGGUUCUACUGCAGGAUCUUCAGGGCUGUUCAGGAGCACUGCCAGCACCGAGAGCUCAGCAAUGGGUCUUACUGGUCCUCCAUGGAAAAAAAACCCACCCAUCAGACCAAGACCAAGGAUGAGAAAAAUAUUUGCCUCCAGGAGCAAGGCUUAGGUGGGAACAACCCCGGUGCUGACAAGCAAAGCUCCCCAGAGCCCCAAAAAGAGGAGGCAGAGCUUCAUUGCAGCCAUCCUGACAGGGCUUCAAAGGCUCUGAGUAAUGGGAAAGUCCUGAAGUGGAGCCAUUUGUCUCCCACCACAGCCAAGGCUGAGCCUGGCUUGGAUAAAGCAGGGAACAGGGGGAGGUGUGCCAGAGAAAAACCUGGGGCUAAGGAGCAGCCUGGCUGCCAGGACAGCGACUCCAGCGGGGCUUCAGACGACCACACCUUCACUGAGGUGGUCCCCAGCCCCAGAGGAGCCUGCUGCCCUCAGGGAAGGACUGGGCACAGGGACUCCAGGGGAAUGACAUUCCUGAGGAAAACCUGGCACACCCUGCACAGGCAUUCCAGGGGCAUCCAGUGGCAGGGCAGCAGGGAGAGGAAGGCAGCCAGGCAGCUGGGGGUGAUCAUGGCAGCCUUCAUGGUCUGCUGGAUCCCCUACUUUGUGCUGUUCAUGGUGAUAACCUUCCACGACCACAAACAGCUCUCAGAACUGCGCAGGUUCACCAUAUGGCUGGGCUACAUCAACUCCACCCUAAACCCCUUCCUCUAUCCUCUCUGCAACCAGAAUUUCAAGAAGACUUUUAAGAAGAUCCUUCACAUUCACUGAUGCUGGUCUGGGGUCUCCCAGCUCAAGUGCAGCUCAGGAGUUU